AGCUCUGCGCGGACGGCAGCUCCUGGACGCUCAGACGCUCAGAGGUCGGAGGCGUCACCUGCACAGGUGAGGGGCGGCGCUGGAGGCCUGGGGCCGGGGGGAGCACCGGGUUAGGAACCGCUGUUGCUUCGUUUCCUGGUAAAUGUCAGGAGCCUGGGAUUCAGAGCCGAGACCACGACCCGGGACGAGCACAUCUGGAAGGAGGCGCGCGGACCCGGAGGGAGCGGCGACUGGUGCCUGGUUAUGAGAGGAGGCGGCUGCCGAGGCGUCUGGGUGUGAGUGAGCGCCCUCUAGUGGAGCUGCCGCGGCGCUUCUGCCUGUUUCAACCUUCAGCGUUUCAAGAGGUCUAUGGUUCAGCGCUGAGCAGAGACCAUGUGGUGUUUGGAGCUGCUCCUGCCGCUGCUGUUCCUGAGUGAUGUGAGCGGCCAGUGGAACGUCUGGGUUCCUCGGGACAUCUCGGCCAUGACCAACUCCUGCGUGGUCAUCCCCUGCACCUUCAUGUACCCGUCGGGCAUCCGGCCGUACAGGGGCACUCACGGGAUCUGGUACUUCGGCCAGCCGUACCCUCAGCUCUUCCCCCCUGUGGUCUUCAAGUCGCGCACAGACGUUGUACAUGAGAGCUACAAGGGCCGCUCCAAGCUGCUGGGAGACCUGAACCAGAGGAACUGCACGCUGCUCAUCAACAACGUCGGCUCCGAGCAUUCGGGGCGCUAUUACUUCCGCGCGGACCUCGGUGGAGCCAACAUGUACACGUACCCAGACUUCGCGGAGCUCAAAGUUCUGGAUCAGCCCAACAUCGACGUCCCGGAGGAGAUCGUCAGCGAUGAGAGUCUGGAGCUGACGUGUUACGCUCCUGACAACUGCCCCGACAUGACUCCAGAGAUCCAGUGGAUGUACACGGACUACCUGCCCGACCCGGAGUUCUCCUCGGACUACGUGGAGGAGAGCAACACAGCGGUGCUGUCCAGCACGCUGACCUUCAUCCCCAGACCCAUGCACAACGGGCAGCUGCUGGGCUGCAGGGUCUACUACUCCAACACCACGCUGGUCUACGAGCGCCUGAUCUCCCUGGACAUCAAGUAUGCUCCACGCUCCGUGUGGGUGAACGUGUCCUCAGAGGUGAUGGAGGGCAGCUCGGUGACGCUGCACUGCGAGGUGGACAGCAACCCUCCCUCCAGGAUCUCCUGGAUGUUCGGGGACCAGGAGGUUGUGUGGGACACGGCCUCCAACAUCUCGCUGUCUCUGGACGAUGUGACUCCAGCGCAGGAGGGGCUGUACACCUGCGUGGGCGACAACAGCUACGGAGCCAUGAACACGUCUCUGUACCUGGCCGUCAAGUACCCUCCGCGGGAGCCUCAGGUCAACGAGUCCGUGACGGUGGUGGAGGGCGCCUCCCUGGCGCUGCACUGCAGCACGCAGGGCAGCCCGGCGCCCACGCUCACCUGGCUGAAGGACGGGGAGCUGGUGGGCACCAUCACGGCCGACGAGCUGUCGGUGCUGGAGAUCUCUGAGAUCACGCCGCAGGGAGACGGGCUGUACCGCUGCCUGGCCGAGAACGAGCACGGCCGCGCCAGCAGCUCCCUCAACGUCACCGUGGAGUACGCCCCCGUGCUCCUGGACGAGUCCAAGUGCACGGUGGUGCGGGAGGGCGUGCAGUGCGUGUGCAUGGCCACGGGGAACCCGGAGCCCGCCAUUGAGUUCUACCUGCCCGACCUGAACGUCACCAUCAACGAGACGGACGGCCGCUUCAACUUCUACACGCACACGGACGGACACACGUCCACGGGCAUGAUCAAGCUGCGCGAGAAAGGCGAGCGGGUGGAGAACGGCCCCGCCGUCAACGUGCACUGCAGCAUCUCCAACGUGUACGGACGGGAGAGCGUCCUGCUGGAGCUGCAGCAGGAGAAGAAGUACAUGAUGGCCGUCAUCGUGGGCACCAUCGGAGGAGUGGCCGUCAUCGCCUUCAUCAUCGCUGCAGUCAGAUACGUCGGCCACAACAACAAGAAAGAGAAUGGCAACCCUAGGCAGGACGUGGUCCUGGAGAACCCAGCGUUGUACUACAGCGCAGUCAAGAAGGACAAACAAAAUCUGAGGAAGAAAGUGCUUAAGACAGAGCUGUUGGGCUCAAAGUUUAACUCCAUUCUAGAGGAGACUACGGGAGAAGACGGGGAUUAUCAGGCUGUGGGCUCGUUUCCAGGCCUGGAGAGGCGGGAGCUGAAUUACGCCGCGCUGGAGUUCGGGGCCGGGGCCCGGUCCAGGGAGGGCGCCUCCGGGAGGGGGGAUGACGGCAGCAGCUACACGGAAGUCAAAGCCAAAUGAAUCGCGAUCCUUCCCUGAUCCCUCGGCUUCGCGAGACUCAGUGGCAGCGCAGCAUCACCGCCUCAGCUCAAUAACGGCCGCCCGUCUUCUACUGGACCCCUUCUUCUUCAUGUGUCAUCCUAACGCCCCCCCCGUGCCGGUGACCCCCCCCCACACACACUUCGCCACCGUCUGAAGGAACUCGUACUGUUUGGGUCCCAGCGCCCACUGGACAACCUGCACAACCAGAUUUAGGCUUCAGCCUCGCUAACAGAUGAGCUGUUCCACAUAACGUUAACCCUUUGAGUGACAGGCGGCUCCGAGCAUCCGUCUCACCCAGCUGCCGCUGUGUCUGCUGCCGGUCGAUGCGUCAGGGCAAGGAGUAACCGAGCUUUGUGUUCUCUUCUCUUUCUGUGUGUGUAUGAGUUGAAGGUAAAUGUAGAUGAGAUCCUGUGGAGGUAAUGAGUGAGACAGGAUGGGAGCUCAGUGUAACUGUAUAUAAAGUGUGCUGUGACUAAGUCGCCCCCAUAUAAAUGAAACCAAUGCCACAGCAGCUUCUCAGCUGUUUGUGAACCUCUGAACCCCAACGAACCCUCAGGCUCGAGGCCUCGCUCUCGAUCAGGAAAACACAGACCCAAAGCACAACCCCCCCCCCCCCCACGUGAGCAGCGUUAUCUCGUGUAGACAAUGUGUGUGUUUGUGUGUGUGUUCGUAUCCGAAUCGUGCUGAACAGAUCACAGGACGUGGAUCUCUGGGAGCGUCGCAUCGCUGGAGAAGCGGAUGCAGAUGCUCGAAUCACGGGACGUGAUGCUGACUCGGCGGCUGGUUGUGUUCGAUGAGCCUGUGGUGUAAAAUCAGAGCUCACUAAUAGUUUAACCUGAUAAUAAUGGUGUCAGUAAUAUAUAUUAAUAGGAUGUAUAUGGAUACGGGACGUGACUAUGUACAGUAAAAACCCUGCAUGAGCGUUUUGCAUACGAUAAAGAAUUGGACUUUUGGGCGAUUGAAAACAUUUUCCGUUCUGCUCUGAACGUCUCAACACAGAUGAGUUUCCACGCAGAGACGUGUUGUGUACGACAGGCGACGGACGUUGGACCUUCACCCACUGUUUCACCCCGAUCCAUCCAGAGCCUUGAGGCCUUUAUGUUUCUGACCUCAGUGCUUUUUGAUCUUUACUGCUCAUUAAUGAUCUUUUUAGUGGUUUUCAUUUUGAAACCAACCAAAAUGAAACCAUGAACGUACUGUGCGUCUGAGUCUAUGAACCAGCUUCAGCCUGGCUGUCGCCUCCUUCAGUGUUACUGACGUGGUCCUGACCGGAACCUGCUGUUCAUCCUCUUCUCUGCGUUUAAACCAAGCGGCGUUGUGUUCCUUCAGCCGCUCGUUGAGACGUCGUUCUACCUGAUGCUCAACAUCCAGGUCACGUCAGGCCUCAUGCAGCGUUCAGCUAUUCCUUUUUUAAGCAUAAAUAUGAAUUAGUCGUCUCUAACCUUUUGUGACAGUGUGUUUGUAAAGCAAAUGUACCUGUCCUCUACUUUGUGGUGAUCAUAAUAUGUGGAACUUUUUUUUUUACACAAACUGAAUGAUUGACUCAAUAACAGAUCAGCUGUUGGCUUCUCUCUGCAAACUACUGUUACUUAAGGAAAGUUGUUUCAUUCCAAAAUGACUUUUUUGUUUUAAAGUCUUCACACCUCAAGCAGAUUCCUUUGACUUCAGUUCCACACAAGCAUAAAUAAAAUAAAAACAACAACAAACAUGUUGAUUAUUGAGAGAAAACAA